AUGAAUGUUAAGAUUUUAGAGUACGUUGGAAUUCUUAUAGGGUUGAUAACAUGUUUGGAGCCAUCAUAUGUACAUCCAGAUGAGCAGAUGCAGAGCUUGGAGGUGUUGGUUCAGCGGAUAUGUGGGGUGUCCGGUGAGGUUGCGUGGGAGUUUAUGAGUGGGAAGUGUGCAAGGAGUUUUGUUCCUUUGUAUAUGUUCUACGGUCCUGCGGUGUAUGUUGGGAGAUAUGUGUUUGGGGUUGGGGCCGUGGGGCAGUUGGGUUUAGUUCGACUGCAGAACUACAUGCUGUUUGUGUUUAUGUAUAGGUUGGCUUUGCAGUUUUUGUUGAAGUCCAAGUUGCAGCGGUCAAUGGCAGGGUUUUUGAUGUCAACGUCGUAUGUGGCUGGAAGUUAUUAUGCGCACACGUUCUCGAAUUCUGUGGAAAGUAUAAUUCUACUCAUGGUUCUGUCACUCUUUGAGGUGCUGGUAAGGGAUUCUCGAGAUGCCAGGUACAGACAUUAUAGGACUUCUGUGGGACUUGGAUUUUUGGUAGCAUUGGGUGUAUUUAAUAGGAUUACGUUUCCUGCAUUUAUUCUUUUACCUGCGGUAGUGGUGUUUCACAAGUUUUAUAUACGCCAGUGGGGUUCUUUAGCUUUAUUCUUUGGUAGUUUUGUGUGCGCAGCGGUAUUCUUUGUUUAUGUAGAUACGAAACUGUAUGGCUUGGAUCAGUGGACUAUCGCGCCUUUGAACAAUUUGCUGUAUAACUUGGAUGAGUCCAACUUAGCGGAUCAUGGUUUACAUCCGAGGUAUACUCAUCUUCUGGUGAACAUUCCGCAAUUGCUAGGGCCUGCUUUACUAGUCUUCGUUACCCAGAGACAUGCUCUCUCUCUGCCUAUGUUGUCUUGUAUCUCUGGAAUUACAGCGUUGUCGUUGUUCAAGCAUCAAGAGGCCAGGUUUCUAAUUCCACUAGUGCCAUUGUUCCUAAUGUCUGUUGACAUGACUAAUCUGGCCAAGUUUUUAAGUUUGAAAUUGAUCAUCAAACUGUGGCUUAUGUUCAAUCUAGUGAUGUCUGUAGUGAUUGGUGUUCUGCACCAACGCGGUGUCAUACUGGCACUUGACCAUCUAAAAGAUGGGCCGACAGAUGUACAGAUAUGGUGGAAAACUUAUCCACCACCUACAUGGAUGCUCAUGAAUGAGCACUUGACCGUAGAUUCAACCAAUAUUGUUGAUGGGGAAGAAAGGGUAGACAAUGUUGAUUUUGAAAUUUUAGACGAUCAUGUUGUAGAUCUCAAAGGAUGUGAUGUCGAGCUAUUGAACCUCACGCUAUCGCAAUUUCUUGAAAAGAGCGCAAAGAUUCACUUAAUAAUGCCAAAGUCUGUUGAGGCGAUGUUUAUUAGCUUGAGUGAGAAGUUCCACUAUAAUCUUACAUCCAUAUUUGAUACUUACAUGCAUCUCGAUUUGGAUCAUAUAGAUCCAUCUAAUCUAUCCACUAUUAAGCCAGGGCUUCACAUAUAUGAGGUAACCAAGCUUCUUUAG